AUGAACCACCGACCUGCCAUUGCUACCGCUACUGCCCCCAUCCUGCAUUCAGCCUCGUCUGUGUUGUCUUCCAAACGCUCAUUUACAACAUCCGUCGUACCAUCAUCAGUCAAGCUGCGUAAUGCAAAGCAAGAUUCUCAAUUUUCGCUUGACGACGACCAAGUUGAACUGGAUGAUCCUGCACCUGAUGAUGACGCUCGUGUUCACCACCUGAAACGACACUCUACACAACAAUCAAUCAACAACAGUAUUAACGAGAGUGGUAUCGUUGCUUCUGGAAGCAGCCGUUCGCUUGGUCGCCACCAUACCACUGGUCAUGCGGGCAGGAAGCAGAAAAAGGCACAGCAAGAAGUAACUAUAUCUGAAGAGUUUGCUAAAGAACUCUCGGCACGGCGUCGAGCAUUCAAGCGACUUUCACGGCGACAGGAAGACGAGAAAGACGAGGACCGGGUCGUUGUGGGCACCCGGGUAGACAAACACCACAAGAACUAUGUGUUGAUGUAUAACAUGUUGACCGGUAUCCGUAUUGCCGUCGGUCGUGUCUGUGCCAAGCGCAACCGUGUCUUGACAGACGAAGAUUUCACUGCUGCACACAAACUCGUUUUCAACGUCAACGGUGAUGAAUUGACGCCGGGCGCCAAGUACGAUUUCAAAUUUAAAGAUUAUGCACCAUGGGCUUUCCGUCAGUUACGUGAACAAUUUGGAAUUGAUCCAGCUGACUACUUGGUAUCGCUGACGAGCAAAUACAUUCUUUCUGAGCUUGGAUCUCCGGGUAAAAGUGGUAGCUUCUUCUACUACUCACGCGACUAUCGUUUCAUUAUCAAGACCAUUCACCAUGCUGAGCACAAAUAUCUGCGCAAGAUCUUAAAAGAUUACCAUUCCCACGUCUUGAACUAUCCCGAUACACUCCUUUGCCGGUACUAUGGUUUACAUCGUGUCAAGCAACCCCGAGGCCGCAAAAUCCAUUUUGUCGUCAUGGGCAACGUGUUUCCACCGAAUAAGGAUAUUCACGAGACGUAUGACCUCAAGGGCUCAAUUAUUGGUCGUUUGCUUCCGGAAGCAGAGAUUAAAAAGUCCAAGAAUGCAGUAAUGAAGGAUUUGAAUUUUGAAAAGAACAAGCAAAAAUUGCAGCUGGGUCCUCAGAAGCGCAAGCUAUUUAUCAGCCAACUUAUGCGCGAUGUAAAGCUGUUGGUGCGUCUGAACAUCAUGGACUACAGCUUGCUCAUUGGUAUCCAUAACAUGGUUCGUGGCAACAAGGAGAAUAUCCGUGACUCGACCCUGCAGCUCUUCCAGCCUGAUACCAAACGUGCAGAACGUCGUGCCUCGAUGUUGAAGCGACGCCAGACAAAAGCCCAAGUUGUCCGCAAGGCCAUCGCACAAACAAAUCCUGAACGUCUUGACUCCUCGGAACUUCCUGAAGAUCCGUUCCAUGAACGCCGUAACUGUGCCUUCUACUCUGAUGAAGGUGGUUUCCAAUCGACCAACGAAAACGAUAACCCUACAAAUGCCCUGUACUAUAUGGGCAUUAUUGAUAUUCUGACACCCUAUGAUUCCAAGAAGAAAUCUGAACAUUUCUUCAAAUCUAUGACGCAAGACAAACACGCCAUUUCUGCUGUUAAGCCAUUAGAGUAUGGUGAGCGAUUUAUGGGUUUCAUGGCCAAGACACUCGAACACAACGACGAUAUCCCGCACGAGUAUAACAUGAGCAGUUCUCGUUAA